AUGAUGGAGGACAGUGAGGUAACAAUGGAAGAAGAAAAGUUUAAAUAAAAAGAAGGAAAUGAAGUAACAAAGGAAAGAAAAAAUUUACAAUAGAAAGGGUAAAAAAAAGAAAAAAAAGAAAGAAGGAAAGAAAAAAAAACAAAAUGGAAGAGACUAAGCACAGCAAAAGCCUUCAUAGUAAACAAAUUACCACUAAAGAAAGCAACAAAAAAUUAAAGCUAGCCCAAGCCUAGGUCAAAGCCUAAGUCUGAGUGUAAGGAAACCUAAGCUUAAGGCUACGCCUAAAGAAAGCAAAAGACCAUGCUUGAAUCUCAGCCUGAAUCACGGCUUAAGCGUAAACCUGAGACUAAAUUAAUCUUAAGAAUAAGUUUCAGUCUACGCCUAAGCAUCAACUUUAACCUAAAGAUAAGCCUAAGCUUAAGACUAAGCCUGACCUUGAGCCUGUGCCUGAGCCUGAGUUUGAGCCUGAACCUGAGCCUAAGCCUAAGCCUAAACUUAAGCCUAAGCCUGAGUCUAAGCCUAAGCCUAGGGUUGAGCCAAAACCUAAGCCUAAGCAUGAGCUUAAGCCUAAGCCUAAGCCUAAGCCUAAGCCUAAGCCUAAGCCUAAGGCUAAGCCUAAGCCUAAGCCUAAGCCUAAGCCUCAGCCUAAGCCUAAGCCCUUAGCCUUAGCUUUAGCUCUGGCUUUAACCCGAGUCUAUGCUUAA